ACCUAGAUACCAUCUGACGAGUAUUCUUAGAUCUUUGUUUCUGAAAGGGGUUGGUUUUCCUCGGGUGCUAUGAAGGUGCUAGUAGCUCUCAUAUUGCUGGUUCAGCUUCCAAUCCACAAGGCUGUACCAGCAGCUCCCCCUCCUCCUCCCUUGCGCUGCGACGACCCAGAAUCUGAAGCAGCAGCUGAAAUAGCUGUGAAUUAUAUUAAUGACCACAGCCACCACGGAUACAAGUUUGCCUUAAACAGAAUUGAAAAUGUCCGCGUGCUACCUCAGGGGCCAAAUAACCAGUUGCUCUUUCUUGAACUCGACUUACUAGAGACCAAGUGCCACGUCCUCAACCCUGUCCCUCUUGAGAACUGCACAGUAAGGCCCUUCGAAGAGCACGCAGUUGAAGGUGACUGUGAUGUUAAAUUGCAGAAUUUGGAUGGGAAGUUAUCUGUACUUGCCAGUAAAUGCCACUCACAUGCAGACUCGGCUGAAGACGUCAUCCGCGUGUGUCCUGACUGCCCGCUGCUGGAGAACCUCAACAACACCGAGGUGCUCGCGGGCGUCGCGGCGGCGCUCAACGAGCACAACAGCAAAACCCCCGACGCCUACCUCAGGCUGCUGGAGAUCGGAAGGGCCAGGAUACAGGUAACUGCUACCGCUAGGGCAAUCCUUACGCGUCAACAGAGAAGUAAAGCUAAUGUGGACGCCUGCCAGCUGCUGCCGGAGGACGAGGCCAAUUUUGGUUUCUGCACAGCAACAAUAGCAACACAACCUACGACGGACGUGCAAGUGGACUGCAAACUUUAUGGGCAUCAGCCUGGAGUUACCUAUCCUCAUCCAGGCCAAGACACAUCAGCAGGACUGCUGCCCAAUGUGCAGGGCUUCACGAACCACAAUCUCAGGCUUUCCCACAAUAACCCUGUUGCAUCUGAAUCCAGCUCUUCGGAAUUUCCUACUUUGGCAAUAGCAGCCAAGUCUGUAGCAAAAAGAGCAGUGGCAGAGGCCGCUCAGCACAACAAAGCAGUUCGUCCGGUCGGCUUUGCGCCUCCUCCUCCUCCGUGUCCCGGAAGGAUCCGCUAUUUCAAGAUCUAG